AUGCAGGCCAGUGGCGUGCGGCCUGACGUGAUUGCGUGGAACACCCUCGUCUCCGGCUUCGCGAGAAAUGGUGAUAUUGGUGUUGCGCUCGAUCUAUUUGACGAAAUGCGACUGAGGAGUGUCAAGCCACGGGUCAGUUCUUGGAACUGCAUCAUCUCUGGCUGUGUGCAGAAUGCACGCUAUGAUGAGGCUUUGGGCAUCUUCCUGGAGAUGUGCGAGACUGAGAUGCCCGAUGCAGUCACUAUUGCUAGUAUAUUCAUGGUCGGCUCCGGGAUGAUCUAG